AUGGCAACUAGAGGAUGUCUCACCAACGUAUGCGCGAGAUGGCAAAUAUUUGAUGGAUUUCGACGGCAAAUGGGACUGCUUAUGUUGCUGCUUCAUGCGGUUAACAUGGUAGGUGGUCAGAUCCGUUAUUCUGUACCAGAGGAGAUGAAGAAAGGCUCUGUUAUUGGCAACGUAGCGCAGGAUCUUGGUUUAGAUCUGAGCAGGCUCCGUUCUGGGCGGGCCCGUAUCGUGACCGGAGAAAACAUCCAGUACACCGAGCUGAAGACAGACAAAGGGAUUCUAGUCGUGAAUGAGAGAAUAGACCGAGAGCAGCUUUGUGGAGACAUAACGCCGUGCAGCUUCAGCUUUGAGAUGAUUCUAGAAAACCCCAUGGAGCUGCACAGAAUAACUGUUGAGGUUUUGGAUAUAAAUGAUCACGCUCCCGUUUUCCCAAAUACAGAUAAGGUGAUCCGUCUCGAAAUCAGUGAAUCGGCUAUAGUAGGCGUACAGUUCCCACUGCAGAGUGCAGAGGAUCUAGAUGUGGGACAAAACGCGUUGCAAGAUUAUAUUUUAUCACCAAACGAUAAUUUCAUAUUGAAGCAACAUGCAAAUCCAGACGGCAGUAAAUAUGUUGAAAUGGUGCUGCAAAAGCCUUUAGACAGAGAGCGACAUCCGCACUUGUCUUUAAAACUAAUCGCAGUGGACGGAGGAACACCGCAGAGAUCUGGUACAAUAAAUAUAGAUGUCACUGUGUUAGAUGUCAACGACAAUGUUCCGGUUUUUAACCAAUCGGUGUACAAAGCAUCUGUGGUAGAAAACACGAUAAAAGGCACCAACAUUAUUACAGUAAAUGCCAAAGACGCUGACAGCGGUUCAAAUGCGCUCAUUACUUACAGUUUGUCUAAAAUGAAAGGAAGUGCUGCAGAUAUAUUCACUAUUGAUGAAAACACAGGAACAAUUUCUGUGUCUGGUCAAAUAGAUUAUGAAAAAAACAGAAAAUACGAGGUGAGGGUGGAGGCAAAGGAUCGGGGUGGGCUCACCGGGACAAGUAAAGUUAUUUUUGAUGUUUUUGAUGUCAACGACAAUGCCCCAGUUAUUAAUAUUAUGUCAUUUUCUAACCCUGUGUCUGAAGAUGCGCGUCUUGGUACGACAAUUGCUAUUUUGCACAUCAAAGACGCAGAUUCUGAAAAACACGGGCAAAUCAAAUGUUCAAUAGAUGGCAAACUUCCCUUUAAGAUCGAAUCAUCUCUGACAAACUAUUACAAUUUGAUCUCUGAUCAGCAUUUUGAUAGAGAAUCAGUUUCAGAUUAUAACAUCACAAUAACAGCCACCGAUUUAGGUUCUCCCCCUCUUUCCACUUCCACAAAACUACACCUUAAAAUUUCUGACGUAAAUGACAACGCACCAUUAUUUGAUAGAAGCAGCUAUUCUGCUUACGUCACAGAGAAUAAUUCCCCUGGAAUGUCCAUAUUUGCUGUCAGCGCGCGAGACUCUGACUGGAAUCAGAACGCGAGAAUCUCGUAUCUGUUAGAAGACACUCAAGUCAGUGGUAGUCCAGUUUCUACUUAUGUGUCUUUAAACUCCGAAACUGGAGUUGUUAGUGCGGUUCGUUCUUUUGAUUAUGAGCAAAUUAAACAGCUUCAGCUCGUAGUAAAGGCGCAGGAUGGAGGCUCCCCUCCACUCAGUAGCAACGUGACAGUGAAAAUAAUGAUCCAGGACCAGAACGACAACCCCCCUCAGGUCCUGUACCCAGUCCAGACUGGGGGCUCUGUGGUGGCUGAGAUGGUGCCUCGUUCAGCAGAUGUGGGCUAUCUGGUGACUAAAGUAGUGGCUGUUGAUGUGGACUCUGGCCAGAAUGCGUGGCUGUCGUAUAAACUGCAGAAAGCCACAGACAGGGCGCUGUUUGAAGUGGGCUCACAGAAUGGAGAAAUAAGAACUAUCCGCCAAGUGACUGAUAAAGAUGCAGUGAAACAAAGACUGAGUGUUAUAGUGGAGGACAACGGGCAGCCCUCUCAUUCAGCUACAGUCAUUGUGAACGUGGCGGUGGCGGACAGCUUCCCUGAAGUGCUGUCGGAGUUCACUGACUUUCCACACGACAAGGAGUACAAUGACAACCUGACUUUUUACUUAGUGUUGGCUUUGGCUGUAGUCUCCUUCCUGUUCAUCACGUUUUUGGUGGUGAUUAUAUCAGUGAAAAUCUACAGACGGAGACAGUCUCGCGUGCUGUAUCAGUCCAACCUGCCUGUGAUUCCAUAUUAUCCACCACGUUACUCAGACACUUUGGGGACAGGGACUCUGCCACACGUGUACAACUACGAGGUGUGCAGGACGACUGACUCGAGAAAGAGUGACUGUAAGUUCGGCAGAGCUGGUAGUCAGAACGUGCUGAUAAUGGACCCCAGUUCAACAGGGACGAUACAGCGGAUGCAGAGUGAGAAGAGCAUCCUGGACGAACCAGACUCUCCUUUAGAGGUGAGUUGA